AUGUAUUUCUCCAAGAUUGCUAUCUCACUUGGCCUCCUAGUCACCUCCACCAGUGCUGCUCCUAGUUCAUUCCCGCAGCGCUCAACCGUCGUCGCUCGAGAGAUCAUUGACUACGGCGUCUCUCCUCUGAGCGCUGCGGAUAUUGAGAAGCGCGAAAUCAUAGAUCUGGGUGUCAGCAAUGCUGGCCCCGAUGAUCUCGAGAAGCGUGACAAGAGCAACUAUAUCUCCAGCUGUGGCAAGAACUGGAUGCCCAUCGCGGACGACAAGAGCAAGAGUCACUCCGGCUACCAGUCGGCCGUCGAGCAGUAUUGCUACCACGUCACGCACAGCCAGGAUGGUUUAUCCACUGUUAUUGGUGCUGGGCAAAAACACGCUGCCAUCGUCAAAAGUGGGUAUUACCUGAAAGGUGAUAUUCCUGCCGCCGUGGACUUUGAAAUCCACAACAAGAUGAAGGAUGGUGACCACGUUCCGAACCAGACGGACUGCGAGACAUAUCUCAUGAAGAUGGCUGAUUCAAGCUCCAGUUGCUACGGUAGCAACAACAAGGACACCAAGGGUGGCACCUGGCAGAUUGGAAGCGACGACGUUAGCUACCAUGCUCUUCCCAAGUCCAAUGCUACCUAA